CAUUUGGACUCCAUUUCCACCGCGACCUCGCCUGACCGCCGCCGCCGACGGCCACCCCAGCAACCGCCUCUCCCUCCUCCGGUGGGUGCUCGCGGCGGCUCUACGGCCACGCGCGUGGUCGCGUCCCGUUAACCAACUCCUCUCGCUCACCCCCCCACUUCUGUUCCGCCAGAUCUGCCUCUCCGCCCGCGCGGAUCUAGCCGCCACCUGGUACGCCGGCGCCGCUGCUCAGGAGCCGAGCCGCGUGGUGUACUCUUCUACCGCGCCGCCCACCAUGAUCAAUUUCGUGCUCCUGAUCAGCCGCCAAGGCAAGGUGAGGCUUACCAAGUGGUACUCGCCUUACGCCCAGAAGGAGAGGACUAAGGUUAUCCGUGAGCUCAGUGGCCUCAUUCUAACACGUGGGCCGAAACUCUGCAACUUUGUUGAGUGGAGAGGUUACAAGGUUGUGUACAGGAGGUAUGCGAGCCUGUAUUUCUGCAUGUGCAUUGAUGCUGAAGACAAUGAGCUCGAGGUCCUUGAAAUUAUCCAUCACUUCGUUGAAAUACUGGACCGUUAUUUUGGCAGCGUAUGCGAGCUGGAUUUGAUAUUCAAUUUCCACAAGGCCUACUACAUACUUGAUGAGAUUCUCAUUGCUGGCGAGCUUCAAGAAUCUAGCAAGAAAAAUGUUGCAAGACUUAUUGCUGCACAGGAUUCAUUGGUAGAGGCGGCUAAAGAGGAAGCAAACUCUAUAAGUAACAUCAUUGCCCAGGCUACGAAAUAAAACUCAACUCCAGUCUGUUGUUUGCUCUCUUUUGGUUUGUUGUUAUAUUGGUAAAUGUAAUGUGCUAGUCUAUUUGGUCUGUUCAGUUAACUACUUUCAAGGCUCCAGGAUUAAGAAUGAACAUGAUAUGUAACUACAUUGUAUCUGUUACUUUGAACUGGAAUCGGAUCUUCCAAAAGAAAAUGUGUAUGAAAAUGGAUUGUGGAUUCUCUUGCGCUUGUA